UUCUGAAUUAGAACCAAGUAUCAACCAACUGCAGCGUCGUAGCAGACAGCAGCUCCACCCAACCAUAGCACUUUAACAGGUGAAGCCGACAGCACUGUUGGUGAGAAACAAAGAAAAUGAGUGCUACCCCCGACAGAAAUGACCAUGAAGGCUCAACAGAUGACCACAUCAAUGUCAACCACAACACUGGCGUUAGGAAAACGUCGGUGGUGUGGAGGUAUUUUGGUUUUUGGAGGUCGGACAUGAAGCAGAGUAAUGUGGACUGUAAAUUAUGUCGAGUACAUGUUCUCACAAAGUCGGGGAAUACCUCAAAUCUUUUUCACCACCUGAAGCAGCGCCACGCCGCAGAGCACGCGCAACGCCAAAGGUUACAAACCCCGAGAGGAGCGAGGAGCCCAUGGCGCCUGAAACAGACGACCAUUCAGUCGGCUUUCUCUAGAGCGACGCCUUACGACAAAACGCCAAAGAGACACAAAGACCUCACAGAUGCAGGAGAUUAUUGUGUUGGAAAAGACAUGAGACCAAGAAACACUGUUAGAUUUUUAGAUCCUGAUAUUGAUCGAUAUCAGCUGAUAGGAAAUCAAUAUAUCCUGAUGAACUCUCUCUAUGUCGCUCAGCCCUAACUGAGACUCUCCACAGACAGACUGAUGAACAGUUGGAUGUUUUUUUUACAGGACGUGACGUUUGAUUGGCUGAACUCUCUGAAGUCGUCUCUUCCUCUAACCUUCAGCUCAGUAAAUAUCUCAAAGUCGGCCUCACUUCUAACUCACAGUUGUUGUCUUUGUUUCCAGAUGAUUGUCAGACUAAAGCAGAUGGUUUCUCCGCCUGCUGUCUGAGCUGCAGAUCCUCUCAAUCAUCUCGUUUGUGUCUUUCUGUAUUUGAUCGAUGAGUCCUCCUAAAGAGAGUUCAUGAAACCCUUAAUCCGAUCAUUUCCUGUCUCUGUCCGCUCUAAUCUGGUUAUUUAGGUUAAAGUGAAUGUCUCUGUUUUCUCUAAAGCUUCAGACUCCAAUAAUUCAUCUUCUUCUCUCUCAUAAACUCAGAGUCUGUCUCUCAUCCUGCAGACGCUCUGAUCUGCUCAAACUUCACGCUGAGACGUUCAUCAGGAGCAACAAUAACACCGUUUUUAUUGAUUUACUGUCUCUGUGAGGUCCUGCUUAUGCAGCGCACACACACACACACACACACACACACACACACACACACACACACACACACAGCUCACAGCUGAUUGCAGAGCUCAGAUAAAACUGAACCGUCUCUCAGGGUUCGACUUUAACUUUGUUCUCCUGAGUUAAAAAAGUAAGAAGCACAAAGAACUUUAGGGGAUCAAUGAAAACUGAUCAAUAAUGUUUCUCUUAUUGAUCGACCUUAGUACUAUUAUUAGAAAUCAAUUUUAGGUCUUUUGGUCACAUGACAGUGAAGCUAUUGAAGGAAAACAGCCUUUUCUGAGAACAUCAACCGGUAAUUUAUUGACGGUCCCUUAUUCAACACCGACGUUGACAGUGAGGGUGUCGAGUAGAUUUAACCGCGCUGCUGUUGUUAUUCCUGGUUAUGGAGAGUGAGAAGACACCGGUAGAUCCUCAGAGAAUGUCCGUCAGAUAUCCAACCUGAAACUAACUUCACCGCUGUAUUUACAGGAAAAUAUAUCCAACCUAAAACUAACUUCACCGCCGUAUUUACAGGAAAAUAUAUCCAACCUAAAACUAACUUCACCGCCGUAUUUACAGGAAAAUAUAUCCAACCUAAAACUAACUUCACCGCCGUAUUUACAGGAAAAUAUAUCCAACCUAAAACUAACUUCACCGCCGUAUUUACAGGAAAAUAUAUCCAACCUGAAACUAACUUCACCGCCGUAUUUACAGGAAAAUAUAUCCAACCUGAAACUAACUUCACCGCCGUAUUUACAGGAAAAUAUAUCCAACCUGAAACUAACUUCACCGCUGUAUUUACAGGAAAAUAUAUCCAACCUGAAACUAACUUCACCGCCAUAUUUACAGGAAAAUAUAUCCAACCUGAAACUAACUUCACCACCGUAUUUACAGGAAAAUAUAUCCAACCUGAAACUAACUUCACCGCCGUAUUUACAGGAAAAUAUAUCCAACCUGAAACUAACUUCACCGCCGUAUUUACAGGAAAAUAUAUCCAACCUAAAACUAACUUCACCGCCGUAUUUACAGGAGAAUAUAUCCAACCUGAAACUAACUUCACCGCCGUAUUUACAGGAAAAUAUAUCCAACCUGAAACUAACUUCACCGCUGUAUUUACAGGAAAAUAUAUCCAACCUGAAACUAACUUCACCGCCGUAUUUACAGGAAAAUAUAUCCAACCUGAAACUAACUUCACCGCUGUAUUUACAGGAAAAUAUAUCAAACCUAAAACUAACUUCACCGCCGUAUUUACAGGAAAAUAUAUCCAACCUGAAACUAACUUCACCGCCGUAUUUACAGGAUAAUAUAUCCAACCUGAAACUAACUUCACCGCCGUAUUUACAGGAUAAUAUAUCCAACCUGAAACUAACUUCACCGCCGUAUUUACAGGAAAAUAUAUCCAACCUGAAACUAACUUCACCACCGUAUUUACAGGAAAAUAUAUCCAACCUGAAACUAACUUCACCACCGUAUUUACAGGAAAAUAUAUCCAACCUGAAACUAACUUCACCGCCGUAUUUACAUGAAAAUAUAUCCAACCUGAAACUAACUUCACCGCUGUAUUUACAGGAAAAUAUAUCAAACCUAAAACUAACUUCACCGCCGUAUUUACAGGAAAAUAUAUCCAACCUGAAACUAACUUCACCGCCGUAUUUACAGGAUAAUAUAUCCAACCUGAAACUAACUUCACCGCCGUAUUUACAGGAAAAUAUAUCCAACCUGAAACUAACUUCACCGCCGUAUUCACAGGAAAAUAUAUCCAACCUAAAACUAACUUCACCGCCGUAUUUACAGGAAAAUAUAUCCAACCUAAAACUAACUUCACCGCCGUAUUUACAGGAAAAUAUAUCCAACCUGAAACUAACUUCACUGCCGUAUUUACAGGAAAAUAUAUCCAACCUAAAACUAACUUCUACGCCGUAUUUACAGGAAAAUAUAUCCAACCUAAAACUAACUUCACCGCUGUAUUUACAGGAAAAUAUAUCCAAACUGAAACUAACUUCACCGCCGUAUUUACAGGAAGAUAUAUCCAACCUAAAACUAACUUCACCGCCGUAUUUACAGGAAAAUAUAUCCAACCUAAAACUAACUUCACCGCCGUAUUUACAGGAAAAUAUAUCCAACCUCAAACUGACUUCACCGCGGUAUUUACAGGAAAAUAUAUCCAACCUGAAACUAACUUCACCGCCGUAUUUACAGGAAAAUAUAUCAAACCUAAAACUAACUUCACCGCCGUAUUUACAGGAAAAUAUAUCCAACCUGAAACUAACUUCACCGCCGUAUUUACAGGAAGAUAUAUCCAACCUAAAACUAACUUCACCGCCGUAUUUACAGGAAAAUAUAUCCAACCUAAAACUUACUUCACCGCCGUAUUUACAGGAUAAUAUAUCCAACCUGAAACUAACUUCACCGCCGUAUUUACAGGAAAAUAUAUCCAACCUGAAACUAACUUCACCGCCGUAUUUACAGGAAAAUAUAUCCAACCUAAAACUAACUUCACCGCCGUAUUUACAGGAAAAUAUAUCCAACCUAAAACUAACUUCACCGCCGUAUUUACAGGAAAAUAUAUCCAACCUGAAACUAACUUCACCGCCGUAUUUACAGGAAAAUAUAUCCAACCUGAAACUAACUUCACCGCCGUAUUUACAGGAAAAUAUAUCCAACCUAAAACUAACUUCACCGCCGUAUUUACAGGAAAAUAUAUCCAACCUAAAACUAACUUCACCGCCGUAUUUACAGGAAAAUAUAUCCAACCUGAAACUAACUUCACCGCCGUAUUUACAGGAAAAUAUAUCCAACCUAAAACUAACUUCACCGCCGUAUUUACAGGAUAAUAUAUCCAACCUGAAACUAACUUCACCGCCGUAUUUACAGGAAAAUAUAUCCAACCUGAAACUAACUUCACCGCCGUAUUAACAGGAAAAUAUGUCCAACCUAAAACUAACUUCACAGCCGUAUUUACAGGAAAAUAUAUCCAACCUGAAACUAACUUCACCGCCGUAUUUACAGGAAAAUAUAUCCAACCUAAAACUAACUUCACCACUGUAUUUACAGGAAAAUAUAUCCAACCUGAAACUAACUUCACCGCUGUAUUUACAGGAAAAUAUAUCCAACCUGAAACUAACUUCACCGCCGUAUUUACAGGAAGAUAUAUCCAACCUAAAACUAACUUCACCGCCGUAUUUACAGGAAAAUAUAUCCAACCUGAAACUAACUUCACCGCCGUAUUAACAGGAAAAUAUAUCCAACCUGAAACUAACUUCACCGCCGUAUUUACCUUAAAUACAUUUGACGAUUUACACACGUCUCUUUUUAGUCGCAGUGAAACGGUCGAACUGUCGAGUCCUGAGGUCUGAGUCCAGUCCUGAGGAGGAUCUGGUUCAGGUUUUAUGAAGACCCUCUUUGGUACAGGAUUCAGGCUGAUGUCCUCGUCCUGUCUGUAAACCCAGGAUCCGUCUUCACUGAUGUGUCCCACCAUCAGUCCUUCAGUCACUUUAACACGUUAUGAUAAAUAAACCACGCCCCCUUUCGCUUCAUUGGUGGAAACCUUGGGUCACGUUAAGACGCCAUAUUUACAGAAGAAGGUUAUUUAUCAGACGGUCAAACAUCGAUGUCUCUCAUUGGUCCAAAUCUGUUUUUCUCAGCGGCCUUAAAAAAUCUUUCUCACUUUUUCCCUCGACCUGAAAUCCGCUCCGUCCCUCGGCUGAAUCAUUAUCGCGGCGUUUCCACGUUUGACGUGGUUUACAUCGAAACUCUGCUCAUCAUCUCCGUCAGCUCUGCUACACCUGUCUCCACACAGCAGACACCUGUAAGACAAACACGAAGACAUCUGUCUCCUCCUGGUAUCACUCACUCUACACCUAAUGAGAACACCGCCGCCGCCGCUGCCGCCGUCGUCCAGCCGCCCUUUCGCCGUCCUGUGUCUCCUUACGGGACAGCGUGGGUGGAGGGUGUCUCCUGGUGAACUCUGAGUGUUUAUUCAUCAUCUCCAGGAUUUCACCCUCAGGCUGUCAGCAGCUGUGAAACGCUCUGCUGGCGGGAGGAAUCUCACCGCCGUUGAGUCUUCUGUCACUGUCAGGCCCACGGCGGUCAACGACACUCCCAGGAAACAUUCGCCGUGUGGAGACAGGAAGUACAUUUCUGCCGUAUUUUUAUUAAAGUCGUUCUGGCCGUGAAAACUCAAAUACAUCUGCAGUACUCUGUUUCUUCAGCAGGGGGCGACUCCACUUCCCCGUCGUUUUAUUGCCUUUAUCAAAGAUUUCUUUUGUCUUAAACUCAGAUUUUCGUUCAGUCUGUUGGGGUCAGAGGUCAGAGGUCAGAGGGAGCCGGUUUGGGGGUCAGGGUCAGUCCUCGAACCCGUACGCCGUCCUGUAAAGUUAAACUCUCCGCCCUUCUGUGUCUUCUUCUUCUUCCAGGGCGGACGGAGGAGGACGAUGGGGGCCGGCGGGCUCCACCCCCGAGCCCUGCUCUGGCUCCACCUGCUCGGUUUGAUCGCUCUGGUAUCGUCCCUCAACCCGGAUGACCCCAACGUGUGCAGCCACUGGGAGAGGUCAGUCUUCUUCUCUGGUAUUCACUCAGUCGACUAAUGGACUCGCCGCCACAAAUCAGCUCUGAGCGUUCGCCGAUAAUCAGAAGCAGAAAGGGAGAGGGUGAGGACGGGCCGGGGGCGUAAAUCCACAGAGAUGCUAAUGUGACGGCGGUCUGAGUGGUCCCGGCGCUCAGUGAGUAAAAGCACAAUGUCAUUUCUGAGGAGAGCGAGGCCGAGUGCAGGUGCUCCGAUCAAUAAUCUCUCCGAGUAAUCAGGAGGAGUCGUCGUGGAAAUGGAUAUUACCGCCGACCGCUGACGAAAACUGUUUCCUGUAAACGUUCGACUCACAGGAGGAGAGAGCAGAACCUGAAGACAGGGACAAGACCGAGUCCUGAAACCAAGUCCUGAAACCGAGUCCUGAAACCGAGUCCUGAAACUGAGUCCUGAAACCAGAGCGGACAUGUUGGCAGCAGCUCUCCUCCAGUGAGAAACCAACACUCCGAAUUAUCGCCUUAUUCCGAUAAAGACCGGACAACUGAAGGUCAUGUAAACACUUUAGUCCGACUAUAAUCAGAGUUUAAGAACUUUGAUUAAGACACCCAGAUAAUGUGAUUAGAAUUCGAUUUUCUCUACCAUGUAACCAGCGUAGUCGGAGUAUGAAGCCACGCCCCCGUAACCCUGGAAACCCCAGAGUAGAGGAGUAGCGUUGGUCUCCUCUUUAGAAAAAGUAGCGCGUCCAUCAUGUCGGACAAAAACAACGCUGUACGAUGCUCCAUCUUCUUGUUUCUCCAAAAUGCCCAGCAGCAGUUGUAGACACUUCUGACGUCUGACACCGACCUGCUGUUGUUGUUGACGGUUGGAUGGGGUCGGAAACAGCGCAGCUGAAAAGACCCAUAUCGCCCCCUAGUGUUGGGGAGGAGGACACGUUCACGUCAAUAAUUCAGUUUUCUCAGCUGCAUGUAAACGAGGACGAGGAGAGAAGUCUGAUUCGGCUGUGUGUGUGUAUCUGUGUGUGUGUGAGUGUCUGUGUGUGUGUCUGUGUAUGUGUGUGUGUGUUAUUAUUAUAAUAUUUAUGUUGCUUUACAAACAUCUGGAGUUUUCACCAAAGAGCUUCAGAAAAUCCUGAACUGAGACGUUUUUGUUUUUGAAGUGAAUCUUUCAAAAGUGUUUUCAUCCUCUCAUCUGCUCUUCUUCAUCCUCUCAUCUGCUCUUCUUCAUCCUCUCAUCUGCUCUUCUUCAUCCUCUCACCUGCUCUUCUUCAUCCUCUCACCUGCUCUUCUUCAUCCUCUCACCUGCUCUUCUUCAUCCUCUCAUCUGCUCUUCUUCAUCCUCUCACCUGCUCUUCUUCAUCCUCUCACCUGCUCUUCUUCAUCCUCUCACCUGCUCUUCUUCAUCCUCUCACCUGCUCUUCUUCAUCCUCUCACCUGCUCUUCUUCAUCCUCUCACCUGCUCUUCUUCAUCCUCUCAUCUGCUCUUCUUCAUCCUCUCAUCUGCUCUUCUUCAUCCUCUCAUCUGCUCUUCCUCCUCCUCCUCCUCUCAGCUACGCCGUGACUGUUCAGGAGUCGUACGCUCAUCCGUUCGACCAGGUCUACUACACCCGCUGCACCGACAUCCUCAACUGGUUCAAAUGUACCAAACACAGGUGAGGAGACUCUGUGUGUGUGUGUGUGUGUGUGUGUGUGUGUGUGUGUGUGUGUGUGUGUGUGUGUGUGCAGACGGGACUGAGUGGACCCUGAUUAUUCAGCGACUCUGACCCAAACACCACGGAGAACUCUUCAUCAGUUUGAGAUGUGAGAAGAUCCGACCACAGACUCAGAGUGAAGA